CCAAUUUCCCAAAUGCAGCACCUCUUCGUGCGCUGUCUCUGCUUCAGGCUCCUCAAUGCCUUGCUCGUGCAGACGUACUUCGAUCCAGACGAGUUCUGGCAGGGGCCGGAGGUUGCCCACCGACUGGUUUUCGGGUACGGCCACCUGACUUGGGAAUGGGCGGUGGGACUCCGCACCAUAGGCUUCCCGCUGCUCUUCACCCCCCCUUACCAACUAUUGAAAGUGCUGCACAUCGAUGCGGCAUGGCUGGUGGCAUGGAGUCCAAGGGUUGUGUCAGUGGCCAUCGCUGCAGGAACAGAUGUGGGAGUCCACACAAUUGCCCACAAACUGUUUGGGAGUCGGGCGGCGGGGUGGUCCCUUACCUGCCAGCUCCUCUGCUGGUUCAAUAUCUACUGCCUCCCUCGGACAUUUUCAAACUGCCUUGAGGCACUCCUUGUGGUGUGGUCACUGGUGCUGUGGCCUGGCCUGCUGAUCAAGCAAGCUGCCCAUACUGAGCCCAGUGGCUGCUCGGGGGCCUGGACACCGUCAUUGCUGCUGGCUGCUGAGUUCGGCAGCUGUUUCGAAGCAGCACGCCUCUGA